AGAGCAGAGAGUUCAGAUGAAGCCCUGCCCUGUCAAGAAGACUCCCCGCCGCAGCCACUUUCCCUACCGCUGAGCGCGAGCCAGAGAGGAGAGCAGGCGGUAACUACCUAAUUGGGUCCGCUAGCGGCCGGGCCAGGCAAAUGGCACAAUCGCGGCGGGAGAGAGCCAUAGCGGCGCGGGAAGCUCGCGCCCGGGCAGAGACCGUCGAAGGCGCUCUUGGCAUAGUGUGGGAGGCGGCGGCGGCAGAAGUUGCCGGGGAGCGCCUGCGCGCUGGGGGUCGCUCUUUGCCUCGGCCGUCUCUGACCCCGAGGCUGGCGCCGCCUGCAGCCUGCUUGGUGGCGGCUCGCUGCUCCCUAUUUUAGUCAAAGCCUUAACAGCGGCUGGCAAGGGGCCGCGGAAGGACGAGCGCGCGUUUCCAGCAGCGCCCGGAGGGGAAACUUGGAGCAAAGAAGAGCGAGCUGGAUAAUGGAUGACAGACAGAUGAGAUAAUGUUCUGUAACCAAGCAAAUAGUUGACAUCACAAGCUAUGUGGAACAGUAAGAAUCUUCUAAGAAAACCACUUUCCUUGUUCAUGAAAACUUAUUGCUGAAGUUCUUCAAGUCAAGAAAAGCAUGACAUUAUGUGACCGCUUAGUACUGGAGGCAAGGCUGAGAAAGUGAUGGGUCCCUUUUCUGUCUGUACUGCAUUGAUAUAAUUUUGAAGGUUACAAAGAGGGAAAACAACACCAAUCAGUCAAGUAGUCGAACCAUGGGAGACAACUCAAGUUUUUGGGACAGUCUGAUAUUUGCGCACCCUAUCUGUGUAAACUGGAAAUCACAAGCAGAAGGGUCAGUCUACCACUUAGCUAGCAUUUUGUUUGUUAUUGGCUACAUGGGCGGAAGUGGAUUUUUUGGCCUGCUCUAUGUCUUCUUCUUUCUUGGGCUAGGUUUUCUUUGCUCAUCAGUCUGGGCAUGGCUAGAUGUCUGUGCAGCUGAUAUUUUCUCUUGGAAUUUCAUCCUGUUUGUGAUAUGCUUCGUACAGUUUAUUUAUGUGACCUACCAAGUCCGGAGUGUUGCGUUUGACAAAGAAUUCCAAGAGCUUUACAGUGCCAUGUUCCAGCCCUUAGGGAUCUCACUGACAGUUUUUAGAAAGAUUGUCCUGUGCUGCAAUGAAGAAGUCAUUACACUGGAGAAGGAUCACUGUUACGCCAUGCAAGGGAAAACACCAAUUGAUAAGCUCUCCUUGCUUGUAUCAGGAAGGAUCCAGGUGACAGUGGAUGGGGAAUUUCUACAUUAUAUUUUUCCCCUUCAGUUUUUGGAUUCUCCUGAAUGGGAUUCACUUAGGCCAACAGAAGAAGGAAUUUUUCAGGUAACCCUCACAGCAGAUACAGACUGUCGAUAUGUGGCCUGGAGGAGAAAAAAAUUGUAUUUACUCUUUGCUAAACACCGAUUCAUCUCACGUUUAUUUUCAGUUCUGGUUGGGAGUGACAUUGCUGAUAAGCUCUAUGCUUUGAAUGAGAGAGUAAGCCUGGGGAAAGGAUAUCGGUAUGACAUCCGCUUACCUAACUUCUACCAUGUGUCCAUCCCAGAGACACCCAAAAGACAACCUGCAGAGCAGUUACAGAAACAUUUGGGACAAACAUUAGCUGAUAUUAUGAACUGCAACUCUACUACAAGCAACUUCAAGAUGAAUGCUGUGGAAGCCAGUUCAAUCACAGUGACCCCUUUGAGUUUCGUCCCAGAUUUCAGAAAUGUCACCUCUAUGCCUUUGAAUGAAACUGUAUGUGAAAACUGGAGAGAGAUUCACCAUCUGGUUUUUCAUAUGGCCAAUAUUUGUUUUGCAAUUGGAUUGAUUAUUCCAACCACUUUCCAUCUUCAUAUGAUUGUCCUACGAGCCAUGUUAACAAUAGGAUGUGUACUUUUUAUUAUCUGGGCAACACUUUUCCGUUGUGCCUUGGAUAUUAUGGUAUGGAAUGUAGUGUUCCUGAUUGUCAACCUUCUGCAUUUUAUAUACUUACUAUACAAGAGAAGACCGAUAAAGAUAGACAAAGAACUCGGUAGUCUUUAUAAGAGAAUGUUUGAACCACUCCAUGUGCCUCCAGAGCUUUUCCAAAGAUUGACAGGACAAUUUUGCAAUAUUCAGACACUAAAAACAGGUCAAGCAUAUGCUGCUGAGGAUAAAACGUCAGUGGAUGAUCGAUUAAGUAUCCUGCUAAAAGGAAAAAUGAAGGUCUCCUAUCGAGGACAUUUUCUGCAUAAUAUUUACCCCUGUGCCUUUAUAGAUUCUCCUGAAUUUCGAUCAACUCAAAUGAACCGGGGUGAGAAAUUCCAGGUUUCUAUUAUUGCUGAUGAUAACUGCAAGUUCUUAUGCUGGUCCAGAGAGAGACUUACGUAUUUUCUGGAAUCUGAGCCAUUUCUCUUUGAAAUAUUUAAGUAUCUUGUUGGAAAAGAUAUUACAAACAAGCUGUACUCGUUGAAUGAUCCAACUCUAAAUGAUAAGACAUCCCAGAAGAUAGAUCGACAGCCCAGUCUGUGCUCACAGCUGUCGGUGAUGCAAAUGAGAAACAGCAUGGCUAGUUCCAGUGAUGGGGAAGACGGCUUGCAAAACUUUCUCCGUGCUUCUUCCACAGCUUCCUCCCUUCCCCCGUUCUCUUGGAACCAGAGCGUUGAAGGUUUCCUUGGGUCGUUGGUUGAGAGCAGCCAAAAACUUCUGAGCCGUUGGCCAGCCAAGAGAUUUGUUAUACCUUCUGUGGACUUGUAUUAUGGUCAGCCAUCUCCUUAUUUAAGAACAUCGGCAAAAAUGAAACCAAUAGAAGAAAGUGUGGAAGACGAUGUCUUUGAACCUGCAUCAACCACCACACCUAAAGCUUACCAGUGACCGUGCUGGGCAGAACUUUAGUUAAUUUCAGGAUGAUCACAAAUGUGGCAGAUAAGAUUGUCAAAGCUGGUAACAUUAUUUGCUUUCAAAUAAAUUUGCCUUGAUUUCUAAGCACAUUACCUGAAAGUAAGUCCUGUUGGUUUCAGUGGUACUUCCCCCUUCCCUAAUCACCCCCAUUUCAGGACUUUGUGUGUUUGGAUGAGUGAACUGCACCAUCCACUUCAAUAGACAAGGAAGCACCACUGUGCAUAAAGGAAGAGAUUUUCCCUCUCCUAGAACUGCAAUGGUUUGCAAGCAUGCACAAGGAUUGCCCUUUUCGUUCAGAAGAUCCAUAUGCGCACUAGAGACUCUACAGCUAGACCAAACUGAAUUGAGGCAAAUAAAUCUGGUACUGGAGUUUUAAACAAAAGAUGUGAAAAAUAAAUAUAGCUUUGCUACAUUGAUAGGCCUCCUAUUUUGGCCUUAUUAAUAUCUUUAGUUAUAUUGUCCACAAGUGGAAGUGUAGAUGGGUGCACUUGGAGACUACUCUCUCCCUUUCUAAUGGUUCUGAUAGCACUAGAUUGCCAGUUAGUUUAGACAGUAACUGAGUCCAGAACCUCGCCCAGUGCUGUUUAUUAGAAGACAAAAAAACAUGUAAUGCUGUGCUGGAUGUCGGCCAUUUAAAUUAAUAUCUAGCCUUUAUAAAUGGGGAGUUUGCCACUGUUGUGAGUAGGGUUUAGAUCACACCUAAACACUAUUCAUUUAUGUUCAACACGUGUUGAAUCUGUGUACAGUGUAUAACACAUGUACAGAUCUGUAUGUACAUACAGUAGUACGCUUUCUAUCUAUACCCUGCAUUUGAUGGGGUGUGUAUCCAGGUACCUAGAUUCACUCUUAAGAUGAACACAUGUACCAUCAUUCACACAAAGACAUGUAUGUGUGUAUGGACACUUGUAUGCAUGUACAACAGGGCUCUAAAGUUACGUACAAACAAGUGAAGUAUGUUUUAUUGGUGAUGUUAAUGCCAUGUUACUUUUGAGCACAAUUCAUCCAGUGGUACCAUCCAUUGAGCCUUUAAAUAAGCCUAAGAUUGUGGCAGCAAACAAAUUACAUUCUGUGGCAUACAUGCUGAUGAAAACAUUGACACAGUACCUUUUGGUUCCCAUUGCAUCCGUAAUAUAUAUAAGCUUCUCUAUUAGUUUGAAACCUUUGCAAUAAUAAAGCAGAACAUUGAUGGCUGGACUACUACUUCUAACUUUGUGAAUGUGUCUGCUUUAGGGAGGUAAUUUAGUAGUAUAUCCAGCCAAAAUUAAGCGCAUUCAGUCCCAUUGAUUUAAACUGGAAAAACAUAAGCAUGUGCUUACUUUCCUGGAAGAAUCAGUGGUAGCUGAAACUCUGAUUUGUUUUCUGAAUCAGCUAUUACUGAUAUAAAAAACUUAACUACAAUUAAAUCUCUCUUUCAUAGACUUUGUAUUGGAAAGCACUUAAACGAAAACAUUAAGACUGGAAGGGGAGAAUACUACUGCUAAUGAAAAAAAUAUGAAUGUAUGUGAAAGAGCAACUAAUGAUUUAUGUAAAUAGUUUUUUUAAGGCCACAUAUUAUUAUACAACACACAUACAGUAAAGUAAACUUUUGAUGACUGUGUAGCGUAUUAUUAAAAUCUCCCCAAUAUUUCCAAACUUUCAAAAACAGCCUUAAUCCUAUUUAUGGUUCUCUGUUUUUUUUAAAGCUGCUAGAAUUGCAUCUUUGUUAGAAUGACUAUGGAAACACUGCUUUCUAUUAGUAGAAUGAACUUUAAAAAAUAAAUAUGUCUGGAUGCAUCAAACAACCAAAGUGGCUUAUGAGAAUUAUGAAUUUAGUGUGAAGUGAUAUAAUCAACAAGUUAUGUCACAUUUGAGUCUGUUAGUAACUGGACUAAAGUUUUUUGAAAUUGGUGUACAUAUGAGAGGUACAUAUGUAUUUUUUCUGUACAAUAAAAAUAUUAAUUGGC